UGUCAAACACACUACAGGAAUUGCAGCGGGCACAAACACACACGACCAUCAGUUUACACACUAUAUGACUCGUUUUUACUACGUUUCUGGAUAUUUCGCCGAUUUAAAUGCGUCUGGAGCUCAGGAGGAGGCCGGUGCAGGAUGAUUCCUGUGGUUCCUGUGGAGUCCUGCACUCACGUCCUGGCAGAGUUUGACUGUCUGGAACCCCUGCUUUCUGCCCUGCGACUGGACUCCGGACGCAUCAAAUGUACAUGUCUGUCAGUGUCCAGAAAGUGGCUGGCUUUGGGCACCUCUGCUGGAGGACUUCACCUCAUCCAGAGAGACGGCUGGAAGCAGAAACUCAUUCUCACACACAAAGAAGGCUCCAUCACGCAGGUCUCCUGCUGCCCUCAUGAUGAGGACUUUAUCGCUGUGGCCACCAGUCAGGGUUUGGUGGUGGUGUGGGAGCUUCAUCUGGAGCGCCGUGGACGUCCGGAACGCGCCUCUGUGUCUUGGGAGCACCGUGGAGUGACCGUAACAUCCCUGUGCUGGGACACCGUGGCCCUCCGGGUGUUUGCUGGAGAUGUGGGUGGGAAGGUGUCCUGCGUCCGGGCUGGGUCAUCUAAACUCGGCAAGGGCUCAGCGUUUGUGAUCUUCCCAGUUCAGACCAUCACCACAGUGGAUUCCCGCGUGGUUCAGCUUGGAUACACUGAUGGACACCUGGUGAUCUCGUCCCUCAGCCGCUGCUACCUGUGUGACACAGAGAGGGAGAAGUUCUGGCGUGUGGGUAAUAAGGAGCGGGACGGAGAGUUCGGGGCAUGUUUCCUCACUCAGGGUCUGGCAGGUCAGCGUGGUCAGCUGGUCGGUUGUCCUGCUCCUCUGCUGUUCUGUGCUCGUCCCGGAUCCCGCAUAUGGGAGGCCAGUUUCAGCGGAGAGGUCCUGAGCACACACCAGUUCAAACAGCUGCUGGCCGUCCCGCCGCUGCCACUUGUCUCUUGCAAGAAUGAGCCACAUUUCAAUCCCACACAGACAAAUCCACAGUCUCUGGCUUUCCCAAGACUCCUUCAGUUUGGUGAUCAAAAUCUGCUCACCUGGACGGAUUCGGCCAUCUACAUCUUCACCCCACACAGUGGUCAGGUUUUGCUCUGGACAGAGGUCAAAGAUGUGUUGGAGAUCUCAGUUUUCCGUAAUGACCUGUUUUGUCUACACGGGGAUGGACGUUUGUCUCACAUGUCGCUGGUGUCGCCGGACCGCUGUGUGGAGCGACUGAUGAAAAGGGAGAACUGGACCAUAGCCGCCACUGUCUGCUGCAUGUUUCAGCAUGCUAUUACUACAUCCAAAGCCAGGAAGUCCCUAUCCAUUGAUCGACUUGAACACCUCAAAGCUCAGCUAAACUCCACCUCCCAUCAGCAGCUGAUUGGUCAGCUGGAGGAAGUGAUCAGCAAACUGGAGCCUCUGGAUUCCGCCUGCAGCAGCCGCAGAAGCAGCAUCUCCUCGCAUGAGAGCUUUAAUGUUCUGGACUGCGGCAUCUACCGCGUGAUCAGCCGAAGAGGCAGCCAAUCAGACGAUGACGCCAGCUCUCUCGCCAACCAAUCAAUGUUCGAGGAGGAGCGGUUGAAGGAGUUCAGCUUCACCGAGGAGGAGCAGGUGGACAACGACUCUGCGUCUGUGCGUGGAGAGGGCGACCGGUCUGACCUCGGCUUGCAGUUUCUACCAUUGCCUUUCCGCUCAAAACCUCCACGAGUCGCCCUGCAGGCUGUUCGAGACAGGUACACACACAUACACGCAAACACACAGAGAGAGAGAGAGACAUACAGUUGA